UCACAGAGCGAUGUGUCGGAGAGGUGAGCAUCCUUUCAAUCACCUCAUCCUCAUCGGUCUCCUCAUUCUGGGCGACGUUCACUGCAGACCUCGUUUGAGCGUCUCUUAGUGAAGUGCGCUGGCAUAUGAUCGUUGAAUCAACCGUACUGCCAAAGUCAGCUUUCUACCUGAACAGCCAUCUAUCGACCUGACGACCUCUUGUGUCCUUGAUUGGAGCGACUUUCAUUCAUCAUGGCCCCAUUCGCUCUCCCUGCCUUGCCCUCUUUGCCAUCCGUCAAAUCCCUCAUCAACGUCUCCCCGCCUCUUAUCUACCCAUCUCCGGACGAGAAGAAUAGACCGGCUCGAAGUAGAACAGCUUCGGCGUCUAGUAACGUCUCACACCAGCUGGAUGCAGCAUCAGAGUACGGAUCUCCUCGACGAGUUGGGCGAGUUCGUCUACCAUUAUCUCAUGAAUCGGAUGAUCAUACACCCACGCGACGACCUAGACCGAUGCACCAUCAUUCUGCUUCCCUGCUCGCCAGUCCAAAGCACGAUGAACAGGACGAAAGGCGAUGGGAACCGAUUCCUCGCUUACUGAAUGACUCUGACCUCACCCCUCAUGCCUCACCUUGUCGCCCUCGACCUGUCAGUCAUCGACGAUCACAUUCUGCCAUGCCUCAACGACACUCUCUACUCCAUCUGAAUCAAUCUUACACGUCCUCGGCGCCAAUGGGACGAUUACAUGAAAUAUCACGAAAUCCCCUUGCUUCAACGUCUGCCAUCUCUCUGCCAACUCUACUGGAAGGUGGGGAUGCCAUGACAGAACAAUUAUCCGACGAGAACCAUGUGUCGUCACUGGGUUUGUUCUUGACAAGCCCGGAGGAACACGGCUCAACAUCAUCAUCAUCCCGAUCCAUCUGCUCGCCUCGAUUCUCUCUGUCCUCACUGGCAUCUUCCAGGACGUCUUCUCCGAUCAUUCAAGCCCGUGCUCGAAAAGGAUCUCGAUCGACAAUAGACGAACAAGCAUCUUCACCCAUCUCACCGGUCUCUCUUCCGCUCAGUAUGCCUCCCCCAAUGAUUCCCUUCAAGCCGUCCACCUCGUCGUCUGCCACACGCGCCGAACACAAACGAUCAUUUUCGUCCGUCCCACCUCCUCAGAAUAUGCGCCCUCCUCCCUUGCCGCUCAUGGCUCACAGCUCGGGCACCGACUCUCCAGGUGCAUUGGCGGCUCGCAGUCGCCGGGGGUCAGAAUCUCACGCGAUUCAACAGCGCCAGUCUUUCCCUCAUCGGCAUACCUCUGUCAGUUCAACAUCAUCCAUCUCUGACGUCGCUGUACUUGCAACCUGGUCGUUUCCAAACUCGCCUCGGGAUGAGAAUGUAGCCCUGGAUGGCCAUGGCCAAGAGAACAGGGCCCCUGCCAUGUCGCAGCCGUCUGACAGGCUUCGAGAACGGCUUCAAUCCUUAUCCGCGCUUGAUACUGCGAUACGAAAUGGAAAAGCUAUCAAUGGAUCUCCUCAGCAAUGGUCAAGUAGCCAUGAGGAUCACCGGGUCGAUGUUACGUCCCCACGGACACCCAAACCUGGCUUGACCAGAGCCUCGACAACUGUACGGCCUACGCCUCCGCGAGCUUUUCCUGCACAUCUGACGCAUCGCCAUUCCCACUCAUCGCCCUCAGAUAUAGUCCCAAACUUGCCUAUUGGACCAUCUAUCUCGGGAUCAUAUCAUCCCUCGUGCGGAUCUGGUCUGAAUCCGACGGUCUCUACUAUGCUUCAUUCCAACCUGAAUCCUCUUCUCCCUCCUCCACCUGUGCAUCCUCUUCCACGACAUCUUCGGCGACCUACGACAACCCGCUUACGACAGCCCAACCCACUGUGCAUGCCUAUGGCCAUUCAACCUCAAUCGUACAACAACAGUCAACAGCAUGAGACGCCUGCGAGCAGUCCUGGCAGCAUGAUUUCCGAUCUUCAUUCCAUCAUCUCCGAGGACAAGAUAUCCCUGAACGAAGUAGAUGCAGAUGGAAUCUCUUUCAAGUCGCAUUCCGAGGAUGACAUGCACGUUGGCUCGAGCGACAACGGACAUGAGACCAUGGUACCUGGAGAUCAGCCCCCAAAGCUGUUCGUUACUGUGGAUGGGCAAGGCAUCAGCGGGAAAGGAACUCAUCCUCCCAAGGUCAAAGGACUGAUACCCCAAUUGAGGUCAAUGACCAGUACACCGUUAUUGAGCCAAUACCGCUCGAGGACUGCACCAUCCCUCAAACCUAACAGAAGUACCCUCUCCCUUCGAGCGGCUUUCGGACAAUCCCAGUCGACUACAGGUUCAACGAACAACUUCAACAGGCCCAUCGAAAAAGAGAACAGAUGGUCAUUCUUUGGUGGUCUGGGUAUCCUUGGACUGGGCACAAGGAGCCGCAAAAGCAGCGUGUCAGAUCUCAGAACACGAUCUAGGAAUACGAGCAUCAGCGCUGGGUCCGUCAUCUCUGGUGCAGGUCAAGAUGGUGGUCGAGGUCGAUCCCGAGCGCACAGUAUGCUUCAUUCGAUGCGAUCUUCAGUCAAGACUCCAACGAUUCCCUCACCUAUGGACAGUUCGGGAAGCAUGGUCAAUUCUUAUGGCGCCCGUGGAAGGACCAUGACUGUUAAUGUGAAUGGGGUUUCGAGGUACGAAAUAUCCGAUACCGAUGAUUAUUUCUCGAGUCGGUUCAGUGGACGACAGAUGGGUCUUGAACACGAAGGACAUGCGGAAGAAGAGGAGGAGGAGCAUGAGGCAUAUAUCGAUCUGGAGGAUGUGUAUUAGGUUAUGCGGUGCGCGGAUGUGAAGAAAGAUUGUUCCCCUCGGGCACGACCCGGUUGAUGAACCGUCAACUGUUGGCCGUCGAGCGUCCUCACGUUUCAAUAUAUCUCUUGUUCGUGCUCAAACUCAAGCAUAAUCUGUAUUAUAUCAUGUGUGAUGUAACGAAGCAGUGAAAGAGG